AUGUCCAGAUCCCAGUCACCUAAGAAGAUGGAGUCUGUUACCUCCGAAGGCCCCUGGAAAUCCGAACAUCCAUUCGGUCCUCCUCACGUUCCUCGUUCACCUCCUGCGGGCAUUCAACGGAUACGAAACACCUUGCACAAGCUCUCACCCUCAGCCCUCGCGGAAAAGGAACUUCUACGCAAGAAGAACCAGUACAAGAGUCCUCUCACGCAACGCAAUGUCGACAAUUUCGUCACAGAACAAGAAUGCAACGAAGCCUACAAGCCCAAUUUACACUCCCCGGAGAUCCAAGUCAACGAAUGGCUCCAGCGAGUAUCUUGA